GACAGGGCGUGGCCGUCUGGCCGGGGCGGGGCGCACGCCGGCAGCGGGCGUGAUGGCGGCGGACGGCGACUGGCAGGAUUUCUAUGAGUUCCAGGAGCCGGCCGGGAAUGUCCAGGACCAGGAGAACUGUAACGCGAGCCCGGAGGCUGGAGCGGGGGCACACGCGGGCGGCGACAGCUUCCCGGCGCUGGCUUCAAGCCUGGAGGAGAAGCUGAGCCUGUGCUUCCGCCCCACGUCGGAUGCCGAGCCCCCGCGGGCUGCCGUGCGGCCCAUCACGGAGUGCAGCCUCCUGCAAGGGGACGAGAUUUGGAAUGCCCUGACAGAUAAUUAUGGGAAUGUCAUGCCUGUAGACUGGAAGUCAUCCCAUACAAGGACCUUACAUUUGCUUACUCUGAACCUCUCAGAGAAAGCGAUGAGCGAUGGCUUGCUCUUUGAUACUUCAGAUGAGGAGGAGCUGAGGGAGCAGUUGGAUAUGCAUUCAAUCAUUGUCUCCUGUGUCAACGAGGAGCCUCUCUUCACUGCAGACCAGGUUAUUGAAGAAAUUGAAGAGAUGAUGCAGGAGUCACCAGACCCAGAAGACGAUGAGACCCCCACACAGUCAGACCGGCUUUCCAUGCUCUCCCAGGAGAUUCAAACUCUUAAGAGGUCUAGCAUGAGCAGCUAUGAAGAGCGAGUAAAAAGGCUGUCAGUGUCUGAGCUAAACGAACUGCUGGAAGAAAUUGAGACCGCCAUUAAGGAGUACUCUGAGGAGCUGGUGCAGCAGUUGGCCCUGAGAGAUGAACUGGAGUUUGAGAAGGAAGUAGAAAACAGCUUUAUUUCUGCUCUGAUUGAGGUGCAGAACAAGCAGAAAGAACACAAAGAGACAGCCAAGAAAAAGAAGAAGCUCAAAAAUGGCAGCUCUCAGAAUGGGAGGAAUGAGAGAAGUCACAUGCCAGGCACAAUACUUUUGACUGGCACCUGACUCCUGGAUUCAUGUAAAAAUCUGCACAUAUUUUAUGAACAUGAGUAGGAAUUGCUCUAGAACAGUGGUUCUCAGUCUGUGGGUUGUGGCCUCCUAAGGGGUUGAACAACCCUUUCACAGGGGUUGCCUAAGAUCACCUGCAUAAAGAGAUUUACAUUAUGAUCCAUACCAGCACAAUUACAGUUAUAAAGUAGCAGCAAACAUAGUUUUAUGGUGGGGGUCACCACACUGUGAGGAAAUGUCCCAGCAGUAGAAAGGCUGAGAACCCCUGCUAACCCCUGCUAUAGAGUCUUGUGGCUCAGCCCAGCCCUUAGGUCCUCAUAUGAUGAGGACAAGGCUGUGCUUUUAGGGACAUAAACGUGUACAUGAUCUGACUGUUUCUGUCGAAUUCCUGAAAAUGGAUUUAAUCAAUCUCUCUGUGCCCCUACGCCAGUCCAUCUCUUCAGAUAUUUUGCCCUGCAUCUCCAAUUAAAAAUACUGUGAAUGGUUGUCUGACUGGCUGGCUGGGCACAGUAGCUUUUGGCAUGUGCCUGUUGAGCUGAUCCCUCAGAGACUACAGGAGAGUGGCUGAGCCCAGGAGUUUGAGGCUAAUGUUGACAGUGCACCAAGACCCUUUCUUAGACACAGAUGGACAGACAGGCACACACACACACACACACACACACACACACACACACACACACACACACACAAGUACACAGUGUGAUAGUUGAAAAACCAAAGUUUAGACAUGCAAAGUGUCUUAGAGAUAUAGUACAUGGGACAAAAUGGGGUUGAAAUCAUGAGAACACUAGGCAGAGACAGUCCGAUACUUGACAAUGAAGCAUCUAGAGGAAAGGGGUGGGGAGCAGUGAUUCAUGGAAAACUCAGAGGGAUCUUAAGUGUCUUUGGACUUCAGUGUCAAAGAAGAUGACUCUGGGGAAAGUGGGUUGAGGAUUUCAACACUAAGACACCAAUAGAAAAGAGGCCAGGUGUGAGGGAAGGGAGAAAAUUGUGACUUUGUGUUUCCAGGGAGGCUGGUGUUCAUAGUGGCUGGGGCACUUAGUUCUCAGCCUCAGCUGUUAACUAGUUUCUGUGUUGUGUUCUCUCUCCCUCCCCCUCUCCUUCCCUCCUCCGCACUCGCAUGAAUAUAUGUCUACAUCCCUGCAUCCCUAGAAUCUCUUGACUGUCUAUUAAGAGGCUAUUUUGCAGUGGUGCAAGGUGAAGUAGAAUCUUGCCAUCUGCCACAUUGCUUCUCUGUUUAGCUGAUGGCUGGGGAGUACUUAGGGGGUAGGGGUCUCUUGGCUGUGGCUGCAGACCCAAGCACAGCAGUGGAUCUGCUGAGGGGCUUGAACUCCAGCUUCUGCUGCAAGCAUUAGUAGAUGGUUGUGUUCCAGCUUGCUCUGAUUUCCUGGGGUUGCCUUUUUACAUCUUUCUACCAGGCUAGAAUUCUGAUGGCGUGAACGUCAUCUUUUACAAACAGCCAAGUUUCUUGUAGUUGAGAUAGUCCAGCAAUGUUCACAUCUGUGUGCUUAAGCAGGAAAACUGAAGUUGCACAUGCAUCUUAUGAGUGUGAAUUGACCUUUUUAUGUUUUUUGUUUUUCUUCAGUGAUUCUAAUUAGCUUUUUGACUGGGAAAAUUAAGCUAAUGAAUUUGGACUGUACUUUCCAAAUAGUUUUCUUUUGUGAGUUCUGACUUCUUUAUCCAGCUGAGAUUUUCCAAGUCUGCAUCUAGCUUUAUCAUUUCCUCAGAUAAUGGAUCCAGGUAAUACAGACUGAAAGCAAGCAUUCUUUCUUGUCCUUUUCCAAGGGAAUGUAGUUAACUAAUGAGCUGGCUUGUUUACUUGAAAAUCAUCUUUAUUGCUGGCUCUGGAGCCUGUGAUGUCAUCUCUUUGGAUAACCUGUUUUACAAACAAGGUACGAAUUAUAAAAUGGUGGUGUGUGAAGAAUCUACAGAAAUAUAUUACAUAGGUUUUUCUUGUAAAAGUCUCUUUCAUCCAAAGUAACAAUUAUAUUCUCAGCAGACUGAGGAACCAUGGGAAUCUGUUGGCCAAGUCAUUGAUUCUCACCAACGUACAACUGUGGGUCUGGGUCUGACAAAGGUGGGGCAGGAGGGUGAUAGAGAAGGAGGGGCAUGCUGAGCAGCUCCCACAGGCCAGUGUGGGUGGGCUCAGAUUUCCAACAGGCUGCUUGCCUGGGGUGUCUGGGUCAGAGUCUAAUAGUCUGCUCCCUUCAGGGUAGCCCUUUUUUAUUUCUCAACUCUUUGUUAAUCAGGAUUUCUUUACACUUUUAACAUUUAUUGAGGGCCUCAGAGGGCACUCAUACAUCAUUAAUUGGUCAAUAUUUACUGUAUUAAAAGUUAAGACUAAUAAAAGAUUAAUUCAUUCAAAGUA